CUAGUAUUUUGUAUGACCUCCAUGAUUUGUAAGGACAGCAACAAGUCUUCUAGGCAUGGAAUUAACAAGUUGGCAACAUGUUGCAACAUCUGUCUUUUUCCAUUAUUCAAGAAGUACCUCUUGUAGAGCCUGGAUGCUGGAUGGAGAAAUUCCCCAUAGGUGUUUGAUUUCAAUCAGUUUCAGGAGACAUACUUGGCCACUGAAUCACUUUCCCCCCCCCCCCACCCGUUCUUCUUCAGAAAUUCAACAGUGGCCUUAGAUGUGUGUUUUGAAUCAUUGUCAUGUUGGAAAAGUGCACAACGACCAAGGGCAAAAAGUGAUGGUAGCAU